AUUCGUAUCAAGCUAAUGGAGUUAGUUCUGUAGAUCAAGAAGAUUCAGAAGAAGGGGAAACAUCACAAGCAAGAACUGAUACAUCACGUCUCCAAUCACUUUUAGUAGAAAAACAAUCACAAAUAGACAGAUUGACGUCUAAACAUAACGCAGAAACUAGAGAAUUGCGUCAGAAAAUCCAGGAAUUGGAAAGGUCAAAGCAACGAGAAAUAACUGCAUUGAAUAAAGAUGUUGCAGAACUGGAAUCAUUGAUCGAAAGUAAAAUUUUCCGUGAAGCAGAUCUGGAAGAAGAAGUACAACGAGAACGACGAAAUACCAAAAAGUGGAAAGAUGAUUUUGAAGAUUUGAAAGAGCAAUUAAAUAAAAUGAAUAAUAGUGAUGGUGCAAGCUUACUAGAAGCUUCAAUUCUUGGUAAUGGCUUAAUCGAUGGAGGUUCUCCACCUCGAACAAAUAAAACAGAAACUUCAAACUUAUAUUGCGAGAUUUGCGAAGAAGCCGGGCAUGAUAUCAUAAGUUGCAAGGUAGUGUUUGGCACACAUUCAAGCGCCAGUAAUGCUUCGUCUGAUACCGCGGUUGGUGGAUUCACUGGAAGUCACAAAGAUGAAAGACCGUAUUGUGAUAAUUGCGAGGCGCAUGGACUACAUUGGACAGAAGAUUGUCCUAAUCAAGAUGAAACAUUUUAA